AUGACAGCGUCCAACAGGGCAGAGCCGUCGGUCCUGACCAUAUAUAGUAGCGAAGAAGAGGAGUCUCUUCUCCAAAAUGGCGACCCUCGAAGAUCUGCAAAGCGCCCUACAGCUGCUCCCUUAUCACCGUUCUCUGCACCCAUUUUCUAUUUUCUGGCCAUUCAUUUCUUGCUUGCAUUCUGCGAGAUGAUUCUCGUUGCUCCUCUUAUCAAGCUCUUUGAAGAAUCACUAUGUCUUCGGCAUUAUUCAUUUCCCCCGGGUGGUGUUCCAGAGAAGAUGUGCAAGAUCCCUGAAAUUCAGCAUCCUCUCGCAACAAUCAGGGGAUGGAAAGCGACGUUUGAUACUAUUCCAGUGCUACUGGUAGCUAUUCCAAUCGGAAAGUUGGGCGAUCAUUACGGACGUAGGAAAAUCAUGGCCUUAUCAUUAUUCGGUGUUGCCGCUUCCCUCGUUGAGAUUUUCAUUGUUUGCGCCUUUCCUCGGGUUUGCCCGCUGCAAUUGGUCUGGCUGUCUUCUGUCUUUCUUCUAUGUGGCGGAGGCUUGAAUGCGGCCUCAGCAUUCAUGAGCCAAGGAUUCUAUUAUAUAUUUUCUGCAUUCUACGUCGCUGAGCUUGUGGCCUCCUUUCUUGCCUCAGUCACAAUCGACAUUUCCCCCUGGCUACCCCUCGGUAUGGCUAUGGGAUCUGUUAUCUUAUGUCUGAUUUUGCUUUGGCUCGUGCCGCGUCCAAAAUCUAACGUUGAAAAUGACGCGGCCAACCCAUCAGAAACUCACAGCCACGGAAAUAUUAUUUCCGAAAACUCAGACAAAAGCCCUGCGGUUGACUCUCUCGUCAGCGCACUUCGGAACACUAAAUUUCUCCUCAUUGUUCCCGUCUUCAUUGUUGGUAUUUUCAGAUAUACAACCCUCAAUGUUCUGAUACAAUAUGCAUCCGUCCGUUUUGGUCUGAAGAUUUCCACUGGCGCUAUGUUCUACACCGAGACGGCUGUGGUCAACAUAUUCUUGUUCCUCUUCCUCGUCCCAACGUUAACUACCUACAUUCGAGAGAAAUACGAUGUACGGCCUGAGAAAAUAGAUCUCUUCUUGGUCAGGGCUAGUGUAUCUCUCAUGUGCUGUGGUACUCUCGGAAUUGGACUGGCCUCGUCAGGCAAGCUUCUCCCGAUAGCCGUUUUCAUAUUUGCUGCUGGCUUUUCAAGUAGAGUCUCUGCUCUCUCCCUUGUUUCGUACUGGAUAUCGGACGAUGCGAAAGCGACCAUGUAUGCUGCAAUCACUGUCUUGGAGAGCUUAGGCCACUGCAUUGGAGACCCGACCAUGCAACAGAUCCUGGCUGCAUCUCUGCGCUUGCCUCCGUUCUGGCAAGCUUUACCAUUCUUCUUCGCUUCUCACAGCCAUCUAGACAAUUACAACCGUAUGGGAGGAAGCAAGUACGGUCCAAGUAAUGACUUGCUUUCACAGGAAUAAUAUAGCACAAUUCGGGAAUCCAUAGCAGGAACUUCAGAUCAUGGGGAGUACUGGAUAGGGCUCUUGGCUUUUAUUACAUGAACGUGGAGGAGCUUGAUGGAAUGGAGGCGGGUUAGGGGUGGACAGCAGGCUUCACUUGUUUUAUCAAGGGCGCUUUGAAAGCCUGCAUCUUCCUGGGUAGAUCUUGGUAUGGCAGAUGGGAUUAUAGACAUGUAUUGUGAAAGAGAUACAGCUAAAGAGGACCAGUUAGAGAGCAGUUACAUACCUCAUCUUACCUACCUACAUACACACUUACUAAAUCAUCAUGAAGAACCC